AACUAAAAAAAAAAAAAAUUUUAUCCAUCACAUGUUGACAAGGGUUACCAUGUUGGUUUUUCUAAAAGCUACAUUUAUCAUUUUUAGGUGAUAAUCUUCUGCAAAAUUAUUGUUUUAAAUAAAAAAUGGUAGAAUUUUUUAAUAAUAAUUCCAUAUUGUUUAAAAACUUUGUUUCCUUAGUUAUGCAAUAAAAAGUGUUUACCAAACAAUUAAGUACCUUAAAGUGGCGCUAACAAAACUUGUUCGAUCAAAAUCAGAAGAUCAAAAUCAAAACUUACUUAACAUAACAUGAAUUGGACAUCUUACUAAACAAAAAAACUCAACCAUAAGCUGGUGGGUUCUUUUAAUCUUUCAUAUAUUUUCAUCUAAUCACCUAACUAAUGUUUAUUCAAACAUAUAUCCCCUACUUCUAAUCAUAGUCACCAACUAUAUAUAUAUAUAUAUAUGAAUUUAUAGCCCAUCUAUUUCAUCAUUCAAUCAAAACAACUUAAUUCCAAAUAUUGUUCCAAGACAUUGUCUACAUUUAGAGCAAAAAAAAAAAAAACAGAGAUAGAUGGAAUUUAAUGUCGGUUUUAAACAAUUAUUAGGUUACUUGCACCUUAUGUUCUUCCUAAUAGUUUCUACUUUAUGGGUUAAUAUGUCGAAUGUCAAUGCUAAACAUACAGGCAUAAUUCGGCGUUACAAUUUUGAAGUGAAGAUGCAAAAUGUGACAAGGUUAUGUCAAACAAAGAGUAUUGUCACGGUGAAUGGAAAAUUCCCAGGACCUAGAAUUAUAGCAAGGGAAGGUGAUACGCUUGAGAUUAGAGUGGUUAACCAUGUCAAAUACAAUGUUACUAUUCACUGGCAUGGUAUUAGACAAUUAAGAUCUGGAUGGGCUGAUGGGCCAGCAUACAUAACCCAAUGCCCGAUUCAAGCAGGACAAAGCUACAUUUACAAUUACACCAUCAAAGGCCAAAGAGGAACCUUAUUUUGGCACGCUCACAUCUCAUGGCUUAGGGCCACUGUGUAUGGCCCUAUUGUGAUUUUACCAAAGCGUGGAGUUCCUUAUCCUUUUCCCCACCCUUUUAAGGAAGUUCCCAUCAUUUUUGGGGAAUGGUGGAAAGCAGACACAGAAUUAGUGAUAAACCAAGCAAUGAAAACAGGAUCAGCCCCUAAUCUUUCUGAUGCCUUUACCAUAAAUGGUCUUCCUGGGCCCUUUUACAAUUGCUCAAAGAAAGAUACAUUCAAACUGAAGGUGAAGCCAGGCAAAACAUACCUUCUAAGAUUAAUCAAUGCAGCACUCAAUGAUGAGCUUUUCUUCAGCAUUGCUAACCAUUCACUAACAGUAGUUGAAGCAGAUGCAAUCUAUACAAAACCUUUUAAAGCCAACACUAUUCUUAUUACUCCUGGACAAACUACUAAUGUUCUUCUUAAGACCAAAAACCAUCACCCUAAUGCAUCAUUUGUUAUGGCAGCUCGAGCAUACGCUACCGGCCCGGCAGCAUUUGACAAUACUACUGCUGCCGGGAUACUUGCGUAUGCUCAUGAACCAUCAGAAAAGCCCAAAAUCGAUAAACUUCCUUUGAUUAAACCUAAACUACCAUUCUUUAAUGACACUUCAUUUGCAGCAAAGUUUACAAACAAAUUAAGAAGCUUAGCAAACAAUAAAUUCCCAGCAAAAGUACCUAAAAAGAUUGAUAGACAUUUCUUCUUCACUGUUGGGCUUGGGCUACUACCAUGUUCUAAAAACCAAUCAUGUCCUGGGCCCAAUAAUACUAUGGUUGGGGCUGGUAUCAACAAUGUGUCUUUUGUACAGCCCAAAAUUGCUAUGCUUCAAACCCAUUUUUUGAGACAAUCAAAUGGGGUGUUUACAACUAAUUUCCCUAAAAACCCACCAUUUAAAUUUAAUUAUACUGGUAAUCCUCCCAAUAAUAUUAUGCUCAGUAAAGGGACUAAAGCAGUGGUACUACCAUAUAAUGCAACUGUAGAACUAGUUAUGCAGGAUACAAGCAUAAUAGGGGCUGAAAGUCAUCCUCUUCAUCUUCAUGGAUUUAAUUUCUUUGUGGUUGGUCAAGGAUUUGGUAACUUUGAUUCCAAGAAAGAUCCUGCUAAGUUCAAUCUUGUUGAUCCUAUUGAGAGAAAUACAGUUGGUGUACCUUCGGGUGGUUGGGUUGCGAUUAGAUUUCGAGCUGAUAAUCCAGGGGUGUGGUUCAUGCAUUGCCACUUGGAAGUACACACGAGCUGGGGAUUGAAGAUGGCAUGGAUUGUAAAUGAUGGAAACAAGAAGAACGAAAAACUGCCGCCACCACCAGCUGAUCUUCCAAAAUGUUAGGAGUACU